AUGACAAUCAUCAGUCUCGAGAGCAAUUUGGUGUACAUCAGCGCCGCGGUGGUCGCUCUAACUCUAGUCGCUCGCUUAAUUAGAGCUACAAGUAGAUGGAGUGGCGCGCCGCCUGGACCUCCAACGGUUCCUAUCCUGGGCAACUUGCACCAGAUUCCCCGCAGAGAUCUCCAUCUCCAGUACCAAAGAUGGGGCAAAGAAUACGGCCCAAUCUUUUCCCUGAAGUUGGGCUCCCAAAACAUGAUAGUCUUGACAAGUGGCGAGAUGAUCAAGAAACUCGUCGAUAAGCGCAGUGGCAACUAUGCGGACAGGCCAAAACUUUACAUGCAGGAGGUCUGGGAGCAUUCGAGAAUCAUCAUGCGAGGCUACGAUCCAUUGUGGAAAGUCGAGCGUAAGCUCUACCAUCAGUUCCUCAACAUCAACAGGGCCACCAGAUAUGCUCCGUACCAGGAUCUCGAGACCAAGCAGCUUUGCUACGAUCUGCUUCAGAAACCCGGCGACUUCGAGGCGGUCGUAACACGCGCCACAACAAGUCUUGCCACUAGCAUGGCGUACGGAUUUCGAGUAGUCUCCCUUGACAGCCCGGUCAUGCAAGAGCUCUUGACUAACACGCACGGGUUUUUCGUCAUGGUGAGCAGCAGUAAGUUAUUGGACUGGUUCCCGCAGCUCCGUCCAAUCGCUCGCCUGCUUCCGACAUGGUUGAAUGGCGUAGCUAGAAAGGGGAAGGAGAUUUUCGAGCGAGAAAAGGCACAGUUCCAUAAACUCUACAAACAAGUCCAGGUCGAGGCUGAUCUUGGUACCGCAUAUCCGAGUUUUGCUGCAGAUAUUUACACAGCCCAAAAGACUUGGAAAGACGCUGCAGCCCUUGAUCUCCUGACGGAUCAUGCCGCGUCCUACAUUGCGGGGAUCGCCAUGGAAGGUGGAGCUGACACAACAAGCAAUACCUUGGCCGGCCUCAUCAAGGCCAUGAUGCUUUUCCCUGACGUACAGCGCAAAGUCCACGAGGAGCUUGACGCCGUGGUGGGAGGGGGCAGAUAUCCAACAAUGGACGACUUUCAGUCGCUGCCGUAUGUUCGACAAACGGUGAAGGAGGCACUACGAUGGCUUCCUACAGCAAUCAACGGCGCGAUCCCGCAUGCUGCGCUCGCGGACGACGAGAUUGAAGGCUUCAAGAUCCCAGCGGGCACUACCGUCGUGCUGGGAGUAUGGUGUGCCAACAACGAUGCCAGGCUGUUUCAGAACCCGCGAGAGUUCGACCCUUCACGCCAUGAUCCCUCCAAGUCCCUGGCGGAGGCUGCCGCGGCCGGCGACUACAGGCAGCGUGACCAAUGGACAUUCGGAGCGGGCCGUCGCAUCUGCCCCGGAAUCCAUGUGGCCGAAAGGACCUUGUUCUUAGCCACGGCAAGAUUGCUGUGGGCUUUUGACAUCCGGAGGGCUCGUGGGCCUGACGGCCUAGAAAUCGAGGUUGAUCGGGAUGAAGUUACGCAGUCAAUUUCAGCUAGACCAGUCCCUUUUCGAUGCGAAAUCAAGCCUCGAAGUGAGAAGCACGCCCGACUGAUCUCAGAAGCAUGGAGUCAAGCGCGGGAAGGGCUGGAUAAGUCAGGAAACUAUAACGAAGUCGCUAUUCAGUGA